AUGCAUCUGGUAGUCAAGGUGGGCAAGGCCACAAACAAGGUCAAGUAUCCAAAAAGACCCCCAUUCUAUGAGCAAUUCAUACAAAAUUCUUUGGGCGACUCCCUCUCCGGCUGGGAAGUCGUCAUCUCCAUCGUUGCAUCGCUCGCAGCAUUCGCCGACCUUGUGGAGUCGUUCACAAUCGAAGAAUCCGGCGCGAAGUACUAUGCAUUGGAAGAAGCCAAAGAGCAACUCUGUACCACUGUUGUCGAUGCCGCAAACUCCGUGUCCUCGAUUUGGAACUCGGUCGUUGAUCCUGGAAACUCCUCUGCCGAUAGGGCUCCGUCAGCGGCGAUGGGCUGGUAUCGAAAAGUGCUCAAGGACACUUCGCUCCCCGAACACUGCAACGAGAUCAAACGGAACUUGCAACAACCGUGGGAGCGCGCGACUCGCGAUGGCACCAUUCGCCGGCCAACGGACUUGGGGACUUAUAAGGACCGGUUGCAGCAAAUGAUGCCGAAGAUUCAAGAAGACUUGAAGAAGUUCCUAGAGCUGGAGAUUUCGAAUGGAUUGAUCCACCAGGAUACUGCUCUGUUAGGAAUACCCACGCACAGUCUCUCCGUGCUCGGUUUCCUCCCGACAGAAGGAAAGGACCAAGCACCGCCGUCGCAAGAAUAA